AUGCCCAAAUUUUUGUUGCAUGCCCUGGGUCACCGUGCCCUUAAUCCGCACACCCUUAGGUUGUCCUUUGUAAAGGGUCUUUGCGUUGGCGUUUGCGCAAAGAAACUCUUUGAUGAAAGGUCUACUUACUCUCGAGAAAGAAUGGAACCCAAUGUAAAUGUACCCGAUGAAGCUGGCCCACGACUUGCACAAUUUCUUACUACUUAUUCUUCAAAUUCUUAUACUUCUCCGCAACAAAUCUUUCCCUCACUGGAAGUGAAACUUCCGACUUGGUCUAUAAAUAUCAGCAGUUAUCUUGGACAAGAUAUUCUUAGUGUUGAUCAUGCAAACUUUGACUUUAUGGAUGAAUUCAUUCAGGAUGUAAAAAGAAAUAAAGUAGACCCCCAGCAUAGUGAAGAUUUAAUGAGUAAAUUAGGAGUUUUUGAUCAAGCUAUUAGUAGCGAUGAUGAUUGCUUUACAAAAAAAAA